CUAGUUAGCGGGGCCUGGGACAACAGCUUAGAACGGCUUAUCGUGUCAUUGGCUUUCGUUCGUUAUCGCGGAAUCGAUUUAGCUUCAAGCAUAUCAAUUGGCGACGGUGGUUUGGAAACAUGGAUCCUUCUAAACUCGAAUCAUUACUGAAACAGCAGCUGAAGCUCAUACAAAUGCUGACAGAUAUUAAAGUUUCGCCCCCCACGCAGCCUAGCAUAUCUAAUGCAACCACAACACCAUCAGUAGACGGCAUCGUAAAUUGUAUUGCUGAGUUUCAUUAUGAUCCUGAUGCCAACGUUACUUUUGACAUGUGGUUCCGGCGUUAUGAAGACCUAUUUAAAUUUGAUUUUGCUAAUCAAGAUGAUGCUUGGAAGGUGCGACUGCUACUUCGUAAGUUGGGUGCAAGUGAGCUGGACAGGUACAGCAACUUGAUCCUGCCUUUGAAUCCAUGUGAUCGCUCUUUCGCAGACACAGUCCAGACACUAGGCCAACAUUUUGGGGACAAAAAAAGUGAAAAAUGACGCUCCCUU